AUGGCUCCCAUUGUGCACUUUGCUAGCAGCCUCAAGAAGUCUUCGGAGAGCUUCUAUACUUGGUGUAAUGACUUCGGUCGGGUCUGGCCCAAAGCUCACGUCUCCUGCGACAUGAGCAAUGCCAUCAACAUCCUUGAGAACAGUGUCCCAGACGCAGGCGGUAUUCCGAUCUAG